AUGCUCGGCGACGCUCAGCGCGCCGACGCUCAGCGCGCCGAGCGACGCUCAGCCCCGCCAGACCCGCCAGAUGCGCCCUCCGCCCGCCGACGGCCCCUGCCCGCGGGAGCUCGACAUUUGACCAAGCAUCGCAGUGCACUAUUGUGUACUCACGAUAUUCUCUAUUCGACCGUUCCAUCUCUAUUUUCUGACGAUUUGUCAGUAGUG